GUGUGGAUGAGAGCUUUUUGCUCUUAUCCAAUCAUGCCUGGAAUGCCGCUUGCCACUUGGGUUAUUUCUGCUAUCUGUCGCUCUUGGUGCCGCAGUGCUAACGGUUUGGCAGAUGGGACACUUUUUCUUGGAGUUUGUGCCUUUGCUUUUUGACUUCUGGCAGUGCCCGGCUUGUUGUUGCCGCUGGCCCUCUCCCUCCCGGCCCCCCUGGUCACCAUGGCCCAUCGGCUUCGGUUUCAUUUUGGCUCUGGUCGCAGCAACACAGCCCCCGAAUCAGAGAUCCUAGACCAGGAGAGAGAAGACGACUUUUUCAUGGCAUUCCACACGCUUCCGCGGAGGAGCAGCCCGCACCCGUUUGCUCGGCACGGCGGGGAGGACGGUGGCGGCCCGCACGGAGGUGUGGGCGCGCUCAAGAGGAGCACGUCCAUGUUCAUCCCGCAGCUGCUGGCCAGCGUCGACGCGCGCCCCACCCGCAGCUCGUCGGUGCAGAUCUCCCUGCAGCGCAAGGCCGCUGACGGCGCCACCGACGGGUGCGGGCCGCCCGAGGGCCCCGACGAUGGGGACGAGGCCGCCCCGACCACGAGGGCCUUGAGCGGCUCGCAGGAGCCCUCGCCGAGGGACACCCCCAGCAGCUCCCCUCCGAGAGCAGCCCGGGACCCGGGGCCCCAGGUCAAUGGCACGUGCGGCCGCCGCGUGCUGGGCCCAGGCCUGGCGGACGGCACCGAGGAGGCUGCGUCCCAGGCCGGCCCGGGCCUGCGCAUCCAGCACCGUGCCUCCAGCGCCGAUGUGCGCCCGGUGAGGCUGCUGCCUCUCGGCCCCGACGGCCAGGGCAGCCCGGCCGCACCCGAGCCCAGGCGCUGGUCCCUGCAGCACGUUCCCGAUGCUUCUGGAAGCUCCGGGAAGCGGUGCUUCGUCUUCCAGUUGCAACAGCCCCAGCAAGGCGCUCCAGGGCUGGGUGGUGACUUCAAUUUUGGCUUUACCGGCACGAAGGGGGACAGGUUGGUGAGGUAUCCCCGCAUUCGGCUGGAGAGGAGCACCUCGUACCCCACCCAGCCUCGAGUGGAGCGCAGGAGCCCCACAGAAGACCGAGGACCCCCGGAGACACCGCCUCGGGCCGGCAGGUUGGCUCCCGAGAUGCGCAGGACGAAUUCCGUGGAGAGGACUCCGCAGGGUCAAGGGUGCACAUUUAAGAUCAGGCAAGAUCAAAACGCGGGGCAGCAGCAUUUCAGAAUUCUUGUCACUCGGGGCCCGGACGAAGCGCCCCAGAAUCCCGAGGAGAAGAAUGUCAAAAGCCCUGGGUCCGCGGGAGCCGGCGCCCCGACACGUGACGACUUCCUGGGCCAGGUGGACGUGCCCCUCAGCCAUCUUCCGACGGAAGACCCAACCAUGGAGCGACCCUAUACGUUUAAGGACUUUCUCCUCAGACCACGAAGUCACAAAUCUCGAGUGAAGGGAUUUUUGCGGUUGAAAAUGGCCUAUAUGCCGAAAAACGGAGGGCCAGAUGAAGAGAACAGCGAGCAGAGAGAGGAUGUGGAGCACGGGUGGGAAGUCGUUGACUCGAGUGACUCAGCUUCUCAGCACCAAGAGGAGCUUCCUCCUCCUCCUCUGCCCCCUGGGUGGGAAGAAAAAGUGGACAACUUAGGCCGUACCUACUAUGUCAACCACAACAACCGGACCACUCAGUGGCAUCGACCGAGCUUAAUGGACGUGUCCUCCGAGUCAGACAACAACAUCAGGCAGAUCAACCAGGAGGCAGCACACCGGCGCUUCCGCUCACGCAGGCACAUCAGCGAGGACUUGGAGCCUGAGCCCUCAGAAGGCGGAGAAGUCCCUGAGCCUUGGGAGACCAUUUCAGAAGAAGCGAAUCUUACUGGAGACUCUCUCAGUCUGGCCCUGCCUCCACCACCAGCCUCUCCCGUGUCUCGGACCAGCCCUCAGGAGCUGUCAGAGGAACUGAACAGAAGGCUUCAGAUUACUCCGGACUCCAACGGGGAACAGUUCAGUUCUUUGAUUCAGAGAGAACCCUCCUCGCGGUUGAGGUCGUGCAGUGUCACCGACACGGUUGCGGAGCAGGCCCAUCUACCACCGGGUGCCAAGGACUCCCCUGUCCGUCGGGCUGUGAAAGACACCCUUUCCAAUCCACAGUCCCCACAGCCAUCACCCUACAACUCCCCCAAACCACAACACAAAGUCACACAGAGCUUCUUGCCACCCGGCUGGGAAAUGAGGAUAGCUCCAAACGGCCGGCCCUUCUUCAUUGACCAUAACACAAAGACUACAACCUGGGAAGAUCCACGGCUGAAAUUUCCUGUGCAUAUGCGGUCAAAGGCAUCUUUAAACCCCAAUGACCUUGGCCCUCUUCCUCCUGGUUGGGAAGAAAGAAUUCACUUGGAUGGCCGAACGUUUUAUAUUGAUCACAGCAGCCAGGUGUUAUGUGGAGAGGAUGAUACCAGAGAAUCAGUGCCCUCAGACGAUAGCAAAAUUACUCAGUGGGAAGACCCAAGGCUGCAGAACCCAGCUAUUACUGGUCCGGCUGUUCCUUACUCCAGAGAAUUUAAGCAGAAAUAUGACUACUUUAGGAAGAAAUUAAAGAAACCCGCUGAUAUCCCAAAUAGGUUUGAAAUGAAACUUCACAGAAAUAACAUAUUUGAAGAGUCCUAUCGGAGAAUCAUGUCUGUGAAAAGACCAGAUGUCCUGAAAGCUAGACUGUGGAUUGAAUUCGAAUCAGAGAAGGGCCUUGACUAUGGGGGCGUGGCCAGAGAAUGGUUCUUCUUACUGUCCAAAGAGAUGUUCAAUCCCUACUAUGGCCUCUUUGAGUACUCUGCGACGGACAACUAUACGCUUCAGAUCAAUCCCAACUCAGGCCUCUGUAAUGAAGAUCAUUUGUCCUAUUUCACUUUUAUUGGAAGAGUUGCUGGUCUGGCAGUAUUUCAUGGGAAACUCUUAGAUGGUUUCUUCAUUCGACCAUUUUACAAAAUGAUGUUGGGCAAGCAGAUAACUCUGAAUGACAUGGAGUCUGUGGAUAGUGAAUAUUACAACUCUUUGAAGUGGAUCUUAGAAAAUGACCCCACUGAACUGGACCUCAUGUUCUGUAUAGACGAAGAGAACUUCGGACAGACAUAUCAAGUGGAUUUGAAGCCCAAUGGGUCAGAAAUAAUGGUAACAAAUGAAAACAAAAGGGAAUAUAUUGACUUGGUCAUCCAGUGGAGAUUUGUCAACAGGGUCCAGAAGCAAAUGAACGCCUUCCUGGAGGGAUUCACAGAACUGCUUCCUAUUGAUUUGAUUAAAAUUUUUGAUGAAAAUGAGUUGGAGUUGCUGAUGUGCGGCCUCGGUGAUGUAGACGUGAACGACUGGAGACAGCAUUCUAUUUACAAGAAUGGCUACUGCCCGAAUCACCCUGUCAUUCAGUGGUUCUGGAAGGCUGUACUGCUGAUGGAUGCCGAAAAGCGUAUCCGGUUACUGCAGUUUGUGACAGGGACAUCCCGCGUACCUAUGAAUGGAUUUGCCGAACUCUAUGGUUCCAACGGUCCUCAGCUGUUUACAAUAGAGCAAUGGGGCAGUCCUGAAAAACUGCCCAGAGCUCACACAUGCUUUAAUCGCCUCGACUUACCUCCAUACGAAACCUUUGAAGACUUACGAGAGAAACUUCUCAUGGCGGUGGAAAAUGCCCAAGGAUUUGAAGGGGUGGAUUAGGUACCCCCGCCUCAGGGGUGGUUGUUCGUCCAGCAAGUUCUGCUUGCACUUUUGCAUUUGCCUGACAGACUUUUGCAGAGACUGUGGCAGAGGAGCAGCCGCGUGGCCAGGCUCCUGGAGCCGAGCCUUCGCCCUUGCCCAAGUUCAGACGUGGGAACCAAUUCCAGCUCGAGUUCCUGCAUUUUCUACCACAAAUUAUCAACUGGUUGAUGUGUACACUAAUUACAUUUCAGGAGGACUUAUUCUAUUUAUGUUGUGCCUCUGCAGGCAAAGCCCUUAAUAAAUAUUUUACAUACUUUCUAAUGACAAUGAAUGGAAUUAAUCACUCUACAGGUAUAGUAUUACAACUCAUGUUUACUUUUUUAAAUGAUUU